CAAGUCAUGCUAAUUCUGAACUUACAUAUCCUGAAGCGAAGUCCCCAAUCUAGCUUCUGCACCAACAUAUCCUAACCAUGGUAGUCUGCAACUUUACAACUUCAUGUUUCCUACUCUCUCAUCUCUCUAUGAUUUUCAUUGUCUUGGCACUUGUGAUCCCAUUUGCUAGCUCAUUAUCCUUCAACUUCACCAGCUUUGAUACCAACGAUAAGAAUAUAACCUAUGAGAGAAGUGCCAGCCCUUCAAAUAAUGCCAUUCAAAUGACCUUAAACCUGAACGGCGAGGCUACGACUGAGAGACAUGGUCGUGCGACGUAUUAUGAGCCGAUGCACCUUUGGGACAAGGCCUCAGGAAACCUUGCAGACUUCACCACUCAUUUCUCCUUUGUCAUUGAUUCGCAGUUCAGGACUUUAUAUGGAGAUGGGAUUGCUUUCUUUCUUGCACCUCCAGGUUCACGAAUUCCAGAUAAUGCCACCAGAGGUGGUACUCUGGCUCUUACAAAUGAUGGUGACGAAUUGAACUUCACAAGAAAUUCGUUUGUCGCGGUGGAGUUUGAUGCAUUUUCAAACUUUUUCGAUCCUCCAGGCGAACAUGUAGGUAUUGACAUUAAUUCAUUGAAAUCUGUAAGUAAUGUGACUUGGUAUUGUAAUAUUACAGGAGGGAAAAUGAAUGAUGCUUGGAUCACUUAUAAUUCCAGUACAAAAAAUCUGAGUGUUGUUUUCACUGGUUUUCGGAAAAAUACUAAAUUCAAACAGCAGCUUUACCAUGUAGUCGAUCUGAGUGAUUACCUUCCAGAAUGGGUUACUUUUGGUUUCUCUGCUGCCACCGGAGCUGCUACGGCCAUACAUACCGUUAACUCUUGGGAAUUCAGCUCAACCUUACAAAUCGAUACUAGUCCUCCGACCUCAGCUCAUCCGACCUCUGCUCCUCCGACACCUAGUCCUCAGACCUCAGCUCCUCCGACCUCUGCCCCUCCGACACCUAGUCCUCAAUGUUGUCGACGAAGAAAAAACAAAACAUGGCUUGGAGUGGGACUAGGCGUUGGUGGGAGUCUGUUAGUAGUCGGUUUAGUUUUUGUCUGGUUUGCUGCUACUCCUAGGCAGAGAAAUGCUGACGAAGAUCAGGAUGAUCAUGUCCUCCAUGAUUUCAUCAAAGAUGAACAUGAUAGCGGAAGAGGACCGAAGAAGUUUUCUUACGAUGAAUUGGCACAUGCUACGAAUAAUUUCAAUGAGGAAGCAAAAUUAGGAGAGGGGGGUUUUGGAGGGGUUUACAAAGGAUUUUUGGGAGAUCUGAAUUCAUACGUUGCUGUCAAAAGGAUUUCAAGUGGGUCUAAGCAGGGAGUUAAAGAGUUUGCAGCAGAAGUAAAUAUCAUAAGCAGAUUAAGGCACAGAAACUUGGUAAAACUUAUUGGUUGGUGUCAUGAAAGAAAAGAAUUGCUGCUUGUUUAUGAGUACAUGCCAAAAGGAAGCUUAUAUUCUCAUCUUUUCCAGGAGAAUAGCUCGUUGACAUGGAAGGUGAGAUAUAAAAUCGCGCGAGGAUUGGCCUUAGGGUUGCUGUACUUACACGAAGAACUGGAUCAGUGCGUCGUCCAUCGAGACAUAAAGUCCAGCAACAUAAUGUUGGAUUCAAAUUUCAAUGCUAAACUUGGGGAUUUUGGUUUGGCAAGGCUUGUGGACCAUGAAAAAGGAUCACAAACCACAAUUUUGGCAGGGACUAUGGGCUACAUGGCUCCUGAAUGUGCAACAACAGGCAAGGCUAGCCGGGAAACAGAUGUCUACAGCUUUGGAAUUGUUGCUCUUGAAAUCAGUUGUGGAAGAAAACCUAUCAACCGCAUGGCUGUUGAAGCUGAAACACAUUUAGUGAGUUGGGUUUGGGAGCUUUAUGGAUGUGGAAAGUUACUUGAAGCAGCUGAUCGAACACUGUCUGGAGAGUUUGAUGAGCAACAAAUGCAAAGAUUGAUGAUUGUUGGACUAGGUUGUGCUCAUCCUGAUGAAAAUUUGCGAUUGUCGAUUAGGCAAGCGAUUAAUGUUCUUAAUUUUGAAGGUCCAUUGCCAGUUCUUCCAUCAAAGAUGCCGGUACCAACCUACCUCGCUCCACCAGUGAAUGCAGCUUCGGUUUUAUUGCCAUAUGCUGCUACUUAUUCUGAAGGUGGUGGGUACCAAUCUUCUAGUGUUGGCUACAACACUGGUUCCUCACAGGGCACCUCGUCUAUCGAACUAGCUUCUUCGACUGUCUCACUUCUGCAUACCCGCUGAGUAUCCAAAUUCACAAAUGUUCUGGUUCAAAUAGUUUUACUCAUUGAUUUUUCUUUCCUUUUUUUCCAUUUGAAUUUUAUUGUUUGUCAAUAAAACAUAAAGCUAUAUGUGUGAAUAAAAUUCAGGGUUUCUACC